AUGCGGCAUCCUCCCACAUCCCCCAGUGAAGAGAUACAGCCGGCUGCGCCUCCCAGUAACCAACUCAUCUACUGGGACACACCGGCUGCUCCCAAUCCCUCACUGCCCCGUCUGGACGAUGAGUCCAAAGAUCCAACGGGUAUGUGGUCUGUAGGAGGGAGUACGACUGUUUCUCUUUCCGGAAACCAAGGCAUCUACUCCGAAGACACCACCUUUCUUUCGACUCUAUCCCGACACUUUCGCACAGAGAUCGACACCAAGCAUACCGAUGUCAUUCUCAUCAUCUGCGGUUUUGUCAGUGGACUGAUCGACGGACUGUCUUUCAACGCAUGGGGCAGUUUCGCGAGCAUGCAAACGGGAAAUACCGUCUUCAUUGCCCUCGGCGCCUCAGGCCAACCAGCCUACCCAGCUUAUCUGUGGGCCAAGUCACUCAUCGCCCUAACAACUUUCAUAAUGAGCAACCUCAUCUUCAUCCACAUCUCGCGGCUAAUCAACCCUCGCCGGCGCUCAACCAUGAUCCUCUCCUUCGGGGUACAGACAGCCUGCAUCCUCGCCGCCGCCAUCCUCGUUCAACUCAAAGUCGUCAGCCCCAAGCCCGAAGACCCGCGCUCCCCAAUCGAAUGGAUGCAGGUGCUCCCGAUCUCGCUGCUCGCCUUCCAAGCCGGCGGCCAGAUCUGCGCCUCCCGCAUUCUCGCCUUUGACGAGAUCCCCACCGUCGUGCUCACGACCUUGCUGUGUGAUCUGCUCGUCGAUCCCAAGCUGUACUCUCGUGGGUGGCGGUCCAAUCCGAAACGGAACCGUAGGGUCGGGGCCUUCUUGGCUUUGUUCCUGGGCGCCAUGACGGCGGGCGGCUUGUCCAAGGUUACGGAUAUGUCGGCGAGCUUGUGGUUGGCGAUGGGGCUGAAGUUCGCGAUUACCAUUGGGUGGGUGGUGUGGAAGGGGGAUCGGGAAAGGAAGGGGGAUAUUGAGGGGUGA